AUGUGGCUCAGUAUUCGGGGUGCAGUCAUGGCGGACAGCGCCAGUGAGAGUGAUACAGACGGGGCGGGGAGCAGCAGCUCGGCCACGCCGCUUUCGUCGUCUUCUUCCACCACCGCCGCUCCAGCUGCAGGCCGAGACGGAAAGCAAGGCGUUUUUAUCUCUGCGUUUCGCCUGGAGGAGCUGACGAACCGCCUAGCGUCCCUGCAGCAGGAGAACAAAGUGCUGAAGAUCGAGCUGGAGACGCUCAGGCUGAAGUGUAAGUGCCUUCAGGAGGAGAACCGCGACCUGCGCAGGGCCAGCGUCACUAUCCAAGCGAGGGCAGAGCAAGAGGAGGAGUUCAUCUCCAACACCCUGUUUAAGAAGAUCCAGGCUCUGCAAAAAGAGAAGGAGACGCUCGCCGUGAACUAUGAAAAAGAGGAGGAGUUCCUUACUAACGAUCUGUCCCGGAAACUCAUGCAGCUCCAGCAUGAGAAGGCCGAGCUUGAGCAGCACUUGGAGCAGGAGCAGGAGUUUCAAGUCAACAAGCUGAUGAAAAAGAUCAAGAAGCUGGAGAACGACACCAUCACCAAGCAGCUGACUUUAGAGCAGCUGCGUCGUGAGAAGAUCGACCUGGAGAACACGCUGGAGCAGGAGCAGGAGGCGCUGGUCAAUCGGCUUUGGAAGCGCAUGGACAAGCUGGAGGCUGAGAAAAGGAUCCUGCAAGAGAAGCUGGACCAGCCGGUGUCGGCUCCGCCCUCCCCGCGGGACAUCUCCAUGGAGAUCGACUCACCCGAGAACAUGAUGCGGCACAUCCGCUUUCUGAAGAGCGAGGUGGAGAGGCUGAAGCGCAGCCUGCGCACCACUGAGCUGCAGCACACGGAGAAGCGAGCGCAGUACAUCGAGGAAGAGCGACAAAUGCGGGAGGAGAACAUGCGCCUGCAGAGGAAGCUGCAGCGGGAGAUGGAGCGUAGAGAGGCGCUGUGCAGGCAGCUGAGCGAGAGCGAGAGCAGUUUGGAGAUGGAUGAUGAGAGGUAUUUUAAUGAGAUGUCUGCUCAGGGACUGAGAACUCGUACCGUGUCCAGUCCGACCCCUUACACCCCCUCACCCUCCUCCAGCCGUCCCAUUUCACCAGGUUUGUCUUACGCCAGUCACACUGUUGGCUUCACGCCUCCAGCCACACUGAGCCGAGCUCCACACGCACACUACACACCCCCUGGACUGCACAUCCACCCUGGACCCUCCCAUGGAGUUCAGAGGCCGUCCCCAAGGAGGAGCAGCAGUCCGGAUAAGUUUAAGCGCCCGACGCCGCCUCCUUCCCCGAACACACACUCCGGAGCGCAGCAGCCUCCUCCUCCACCGCCACCAGCGCAGUCGGCAGCUCCAUCCGGCUCCUCGCACCCUCCCACUCAGCCUUAACGCAUGCCCCACAUGGCGCUAAGCUACAACAAACACAGCGACUCAACAAUCUAAAGAGCAGAAAAAGAAGAAGCAGAAGUUUUAGCGAGACUUUGCUUUGUAAACCGACAGAACAGUGACCACGUCUCCCAUCAUGUCAUGUGCUUUAAUUUAGAACAACUGUUGCUGUCUGACAUUGACAGUUUCCUUUGGUUGCUUAAACCUUAACAAUGAGACUAAAAUGUAGGAAAAUGACCAAAAACAAAGUAUUCAAAUGUCAGCUAAACAAAAACACCGCAUUGGAAUUAAAAAUAAAUAAAAAAAAACGAUAUGGUUACAAAAAAGUCACUAAAUAAAUCCUAAGGCUAGAAAUCAUGAUGUUCAGGGAAACGGAGUCAUUAGAUCACAGCACAGCCGAUAUGGUGAAGCCUUGUGCGAGUCAAUUUUCUUUUUUAAUGUUUUGUGUGUAUAAAUAAAAAUAAAAAAAAAGAAUAAAAGUUGUGUGUAGAAAGUAAAGACAGGGCAGAACUGAGACUUUAAACAGCACUUGUUGCCUAUUUGCAUGUGUACAUAGCGAGUGCAGCGUGUGUAUAUAGUUGUGUGUAUGUGUGCAGGUUUCAUGCUCUUUUAUGCUGAUCUGUGGCUAGUUUUGCACCAGAACUAGUUUGUGCCACAGAUUUAUCAGCAGAAACAGGAUCAGUGUCUGAAGGGUUUGCUUUUCAGCCGUCGCCCCCCAGAAAUUUGUUCAAAUUGAGCUACAUUUCGACAAUGAUGCUUCUUUUUUUUUUCCCUCUCUUUUCUUUAUUACAUACUGAAAUUUUACACAAGUGACUCGAUCAUCUCAGACAUUCAGUAGCUAAACCACCAGGCAAGACAUAUCCUCAUUAUUUUGCUGUAAAAAAAAAAAAAAAAAACAGCUUCAUUUUAUCUAAAAGCCAAACCAAGAAUGAUAAGUUCUGGAUGGUUUGUGGGGUUUGGUGUUUCUUCCCAAAGCCCCAGAUUCUUACCGAAUCCUGUCCUGGAUCAGAACUCAGUACAGCAUGUGAGCUACAGCUUGCUAUGUGAAACUGGUGACAUUUGUUAGCAUUCGUUAUUAACCCUGUUCCAUUUGAACCAGAAUCAUUUCUUCAGAUCCGUUUUUUAUAUAUAAAGACGCUCACCUGUGACACUGUUCUUUUAUUGUUUUUUUCCCCCCUUUAAAGUAAUUCAUUAACACUAGUCUCAGAUCAGCGAGCUGAAAUCAGCAGAGAAGAAAGCAUAAGGAAGAUGAGUCAACUGCCUUGAACUGAAAUGUCACUGUCUUAAGAAAUUGUCCCAACCCAUGUAGGUGAGAUAUGAGGUACUGUUGAUCAAAUGAACCUGAACACAAUUAAAACACUUGUACAAAAAAAAGCA